AUAUUUAGUUAAUCAAAACCAUAGAACGUUCAAACAGUAGGGCGUGAGGUCUACCACGGAGGUAGAUUUAGCAGGUGCGCGCUUGAGGAAAGGAUAGAGUUACCUCCCUUUACGUUCUCAUGCAUUGAAGAUUCUGUUUGUUGAACUUGGAGACGAGUGAGCUGACUGGAUCUCGAGAGGUGUACACAAUGGGUUCUAACGGGACUACGAUACCUAACACAAACACAUCAUCUGCAGCAAAACACCGGUGGAAAAUACUUGCACGAGCACUGGUUGGAGACCGGUCAAGUGAUCCAGAUGACCGGAUAUACUCAGUACGAAGGUUCCAGUGCUUUGGUCUUUUCCAAUCCCACAUUGUUGAAGACAGGAGGAGCUCGGAUGCUGACUGGUUUACUUACACAUCGCAAGAAUUUGAAAAACUGAACCUACUUGUCAGGCAACUGCGAGCCGAGAGUACAGUGAAAAUAGAUUCCCUUCUUGGAUUUAACAACACAGGCAAUAUAUGUAUCUGGCCAUCUGAAGAAGUUAUGACAUAUCACUGCCUCAAGGAUGUAAACUGGUUUAGGAAUAAAAGUGUUAUAGAACUGGGCGGAGGAAUGACCUGUCUGGCAGGUAUUGCUGUGGCUGCUUGCACAGAAGCUUCAUGUGUUGUGCUCACGGAUGGUAAUGGAGACUCGGUUAAAAAUCUGGAUUUGAUGAUCAAUGAGAACAAGGAGAGCUUCAGUACCACCGCCGUGUCUUCCAGAUUACUGCGCUGGGGCCCCGGUGAGGUGGCUACAGACCUAGAGGCCAGAUUUGACUGUGUACUUUGUGCUGACUGUUUUUUCUUUGACGAGGGUCGCAAUGACCUGGUGGAUCUGGUGCAUUCCUUGCUCUGGCCUGGGGGCCAGGCUGUAAUGUUUGCUCCACACAGGGGCCCAACAUUACAGGCGUUUGUCCAUCUCGCCUCAGACAAGUUUGAUGUUAAAGUUACAGAUCAUUACGAUGACAAGAUCUGGAGGUUACAUCAACAGAUGAAAGUGAAAGGCCCUGAAGAAUAUGAUGAGAACCUGCACUACCCAGUGUCGGUGUUGUUGAAGAAGACUGGAUCUUCUUAACACUGACUUAUAUGUACCCACAGACUUACCUCCCCUGUCACAAGACCGACACUACCCAAUAUAUGUGUUGCUGAAGAAGACUGGAUCUUCCUAAUACCCACAGACUUACCUCCCCUGUCACAAGACCGACACUACCCAGUAACAGUGUUGCUAAAGAAGACUGGAUCUUCUUAACACUGACUUAUAUGUACCCACAGACUUACCUCCCCUGUCACAAGACCGACACUACCCAAUAUAUGUGUUGCUGAAGAAGACUGGAUCUUCCUAAUACCCACAGACUUACCUCCCCUGUCACAAGACCGACACUACCCAGUAACAGUGUUGCUAAAGAAGACUGGAUCUUCUUAACACUGACUUAUAUGUACCCACAGACUUACCUCCCCUGUCACAAGACCGACACUACCCAAUAUAUGUGUUGCUGAAGAAGACUGGAUCUUCCUAAUACCCACAGACUUACCUCCCCUGUCACAAGACCGACACUACCCAGUAACAGUGUUGCUAAAGAAGACUGGAUCUUCUUAACACUGACUUAUAUGUACCCACAGACUUACCUCCCCUGUCACAAGACCGACACUACCCAAUAUAUGUGUUGCUGAAGAAGACUGGAUCUUCCUAAUACCCACAGACUUACCUCCCCUGUCACAAGACCGACACUACCCAGUAACAGUGUUGCUAAAGAAGACUGGAUCUUCUUAACACUGACUUAUAUGUACCCACAGACUUACCUCCCCUGUCACAAGACCGACACUACCCAGUAUCAGUGUUGCUGAAGAAGACUGGAUCUUCUUAAUACCCACAGACUUACCUCCCCUGUCAAAAGACCUACACUACCCAAUAUAUGUGUUGCUGAAGAAGACUGGAUGUUCUUAACACUGACUUAUAUGUACCCACAGACUUACCUCCCCUGUAACAAGACCGACACAACCCAAUGCCAGUGUAGCUGAAGAAGACUGGAUCUUCUUAAUACCCACAGACUUACCUCCCCUGUCACGAAACCGACACUACCCAAUAUAUGUGUUGCUGAAGAGACUGGAUGUACUUAAUACCCACAGACUUACCCCCCCUGUCACGAGCCCUACACUACCCAAUGUCUGUGUUGCUGAAGAAGACCUCCCCAGUCUAACUGCCCUUGUCACAACUGCCUUGUUAACCAAUGCCUUCACGGGUGUGUACACACAAACAUCCAGACCCCAAGUCCCGAUUUCACAAUCAAUCCAACCAGCUGUCCCUCGUGUUGCCUGGAUGACACUAGUUUCCAUGCAGACCAUGGAUUCAUAUUGUUGAUGCUGUGGAAACUGAAGGUUCUGCAUUGAUGUGCAACAACAAGUCAUAUUUCAGUAUACACUAACCCAUGGGAGAAAACAGUGUCCAUCACUAUUGCUCCCUUCAAUGUGACGCUAACUUGGUUAUCGUGGGCAGUAGUGCAUGGCUCCCAAAAUGUAUGUACAUUUAUAAUAAAAUCAAGUUUUGCACUAA